UGAAGCCUCCUCACUAGAAUAGGGUUUUAGUACUAAUGGGCAUAACUGUCCUUCAAUCCCUAGAGCUAGAACGGUAAUUAGAAAGAGGUUAAAGACAAGAGAUAAGUUGCAAUAACACACUCCAACCGUCUGAGCUCUUCUUACCUUCAACAACCAAUUUUCUCUCCUCAUCCACCUUUCAACGCAUCACCCAAACAAUCCCUUACCCUCUUUUCAAUUUCCCCUCUCUUUUCUCCAUCAUCACUUCACUUAUAUUAAUACAGUUCCACUCGCACACAGUUGAUUGAAAUUUGAAAUUGAAUCACUCUAAUUUCCAGUUUUCAACUCCAAACGUGUUUUCUGAAGCCUUCUCCUUUUCUCAAUUUCAAUUAUGCAAACGCGCUCUUGGUGUCUCUAGCUUUAAGAAUGUCGUCACGAACCACCGCCACGACGGAGACGCCUGAGGAGGAGCCUCAGGCACCGCUACUCCGCUCGCGCCACGACGGCGGAGGCCAGCCACCCACACUCGCGCUCCUUCUCGGUCGCGCCGUUGGCCGACGAGGCCCGUCGGUGCUGGUGCGGGAGACAGCGGCGCGCGAGCUCGAGGAGCGGCGCGCCGACUGGGGAUACUCGAAGCCGGUGGUGGCGCUUGACAUGUCUUGGAACAUGGCGUUUGUGGUGGUAUCAGCGGCGAUGCUUGCCUGCACCGUCGGCGAGCAACCGAACACGCCGAUCCGGCUGUGGAUUGUCGGCUACGCGCUGCAGUGCCUCUUGCAUGUCGUGCUGGUGUGGUUCGAGUACCGGCGUCGGAGCCGGAGGGACUCGAGGCGGCGGCGGAGGCUGGUGGAGAGCGACGCCGGAAGUACUGACGGCAGCGACAGCGAUGACGGCGAUGCGAACUCGUCUCGCUCCGGAUUCACAAAACGAUGUGAAACAAUAAAUACUGGGGUUUCAUUCAUUUGGUGGAUGGUGGGCUUUUACUGGGUUGUCUCUGGUGGUGAUAUGCUUAUGCAGGAUGCCCCACGGUUGUACUGGUUGGCUGUUGUUUUUCUGGCUUUUGAUGUAUUCUUUGCCAUCUUCUGUGUUGUUUUGGCAUGCUUGAUUGGCAUUGCUCUCUGUUGUUGCUUGCCCUGCAUCAUUGCUAUUCUCUAUGCUGUUGCUGGACAGGAAGGUGCUUCAGAAGCAGAUCUUAGUAUACUUCCGAAAUACAGAUUUCAAAUACUAAACAAUGAGGAAAAGCCUAGUGGUGGAGCCGGAUCAAUGGUUCCCACAGAAACCAGCAGUGCUUACUUGGCAAAUGAAAGAACACUUUUACCUGAGGAUGCGGAAUGCUGUAUAUGCCUCUGUUCAUAUGAGGACGGAGUAGAGCUCCAUGCUCUUCCCUGCAAUCAUCAUUUCCAUGCUUCAUGCAUAGUAAAAUGGCUAAAGAUGAAUGCAACUUGUCCCCUUUGCAAGUACAAUAUUCUCAAGGGAAACGAACAGGUAUAACAGAAAAAGACGACCCUACUGGCUAUUUUCACAGAUAUUGUGUAUAUGUAAAUAUAAUUUAUCAAGACAAGAAAUAGUUGACCUUUUCCCAACUUUCUCGGUUUUGGUCAUUGUUUUUGUAAUUGUGUCUGUAGAGAAAAGAUAUAGAUCAUUUGUUAAUGAAUAAGCUAGCGACUUCGUCAAUUGAGUAUUA